AUGUAUGCAGAUGAUUUGUGUUUCGUGGCGGAAACCCCAGACGGUCUACAGCAACUAAUUUAUGAUUUCUAUCAUACUUGCCUUAAAUUCGGGCUAAAGAUCAGUGUCAAGAAGACGGAAGUAAUGUCCAUGGACAGUCACGGUCGUGAGACGCUGGCCAUUAAUCUCGGAGAGGAUUUGCUAAUGCAGACUGAUAAAUUCUGCUACCUGGGGAGCACUAUAACAACUAAGUGUGACCUUGACGCUGAAAUCAGUAGAAGAAUCUGUGCUGCUGCAGCAGCAUUCGGCAAGCUAGAUCCCAAGGUGAUGCUGGGCGGGGCGGUAGGCGAGGUGUCGCCGGGUGGCGAGGACCUGCACCUCACCGUCACCGUGGUGCGGGACGAGCAUGGUUACGGGAUGAAGGUGUCAGGUGACAACCCAGUAUACGUGCAGUCAGUAAAGGAGCACGGUGCCGCGUGGCGUGCGGGCCUGCGCGCCGGCGACCGUAUACUGAAGGUCGACUCCGUGCCCGUACAGUUCCACACUCAUCAACAAGUAGUACACAUGAUACGAGCUAACCCAUCCACCACGUUAACAGUUCUGCAAAACAGCUCCCGCCAUAAAACACCCAUCACCGGCCCAGUUCCUGUCAAUCAAGAAAAGUUACGGCAACUGGAAAUGGCCAAAGUGCACACGAUGCGAUUGAUGCUAGACAAGGAACAGAAGUACAUGAGGGAUCUUAAAAAUGAGCUCCUGAAAGUGCCGGACGUUCGUAAACAAGUGGAGUUAGAGUCGGCGGAGCAACGCUGCUCCCUGCUGCAGCACGAGAUUGACAACAUCAUGGCGACGCAGCCAGAAGCGGUGACACCGACCACGCCCACCACACCAAAACUAUCUCGGAAAGAUCCAGAGAAGAACGCUAAUAUGGGUUUUCUUAGCGGACUACCACGGUCCCUAAGCAACUUAACCGGCCAAAGUUUAAGAAAUUUACGACAAAACAGACAAAAGCAAGAAACGCCCCUCGUUCGACAGAAUUCCGACGAAACUAAUAACAAACGUCAGGUGUUCGUGCCGAGGACUAAUCGAGUGCCCACCACUUGUUUGGAUAACACUCCACCGCCAUUACCACCAAGGUCUACUGAAAGGCCGAAAAGGAACCCCAUAAGCCCCAUGAGCCCGCCAUCACCAAUGAGCUCGAUGAACUCGGGGAGCCCCGUGAACCCUCUAGCGAAACCCACACCAUCUAUGCAAAAUAAGAUAUAUAAAAUAAACCCAAUGCAUCAGUCAAUGCCAGAGGAUAAGUUCAGAAGGUCUUCCAACUCCUUAGACGGGGAAGUAGAUGGGCCACAACCGAACUCAAUAGCGUUACAAAUGAGCUACCCUCUAGUGAAUGUCCCACCGCCACCCUUACAGACAGACAACAGAGGCGGUGUGCCGGUGCUGCACGUGCGCAGUCAGUCCUCGCCUGAGCAUUUAGACCACGAUCUACCUAGAACGAGCGCGAGCGGCCUGCCCGCGGCCGCGGACAAGGAGGCGUGGUCGCGCGGCACGCCGCCGCCCGGCACGCCGCCGCCGCCCUACCUGCAGGCGCACGCGCAGCAGCCAUGUGCAGAUCCUCAGAGAGCUAUCAUAUCUAUGGAAGAAGACGAUCCACCUUCUGAUAAUUCCACAUCUUCUGGACUUUUCUCGAAUCUUCGAUCUGUGAGAGAAUCUAAAGCGAGGAUGGCCGUGUUGAUAAAUUGGUUGUUGGGAGAGAGGAGGAGCGCGUGCGCGAGCCUGGUGCUGGUGCUGACGGACGCGUACCGCGCGGCGGCGGGCGUGGCGCCGCACACGCGCCGGCGCUGGGCCUACGAGCUGCACUCCACCUUCCUCGUGCCCGACGCGGUGUUACCACUGAACGGCGUCGAUGAGAACAUGGCCAACGAAAUCGAUCAUGUAUUAGUUAACGAGCACGAGAAGGAGGAGGUGCUGCGCAACGUGUUCCGCAAGGCGCGGCGCGCCGCCAAGGAGGAGCUGGCGCGCCAGCUGGCCGACUUCCGCCUCAAGCGCCGCCUCGGGCUCGCCGCGCUCUACGCGCCCGACGACCGCGUGCUGCGGCGCUGCGACGUGGACCGCGCGCAGAUGGACAAACGAACACACGUUCGUAUGAGUAUACCAAAGAGUGUGGUGUGCCCCGCGCAGGAGCAGGUGGUGGUGGAGCAGCUGCUGUGCGCGCGGCUGGGCGCGCUGGCGGCGGGCGGCCACCACGCGCCGCACGACGCGCAGCACGCGCUGCUGGCCGCGCUGGCCGCCGCCGCGCUCGCGCUCGACUGCAGGUUAGUUAGGUUAGAACAGUUACAACGCACGAGUCGAGCGGCAGCAGCGGCCGGCCAGUGCCAUAAACGAUUAGAACUUUUAGAACAAAAUGCUUUAGGACCUGUUUAUAUCAUUAGG